CAGACGCCCGCCUCCGCCGCGGGUGGCUGCUUACGUCAGGGAGGCGAAACCCAGAAGAAGAAGAAGGAAAAAAAAAAAAAGGCACGAGGGCGGAAGGGGAAAAACUUUAUUUUUUCUCUUUUUCUCCUUAGGGGCUGAAGCGAAAGGCAGGAGACUGCGCCAGUGCGGGCUUCCCAGAGAGAGGCCGGCGCGACCCCAGGCGGUCCGGAGAGAAGCCGGACCCCGGGAGGCCGGCCGGGGCUCCCAACAUGUGGGACCCGGAGGAGUUCGGGCGCCACUGGCAGGCCGAGUUCCCCGGGGAGGAGGCACCGGUCAUGAGGCUGGAGUCGGUGCUGGACAUGGAGCGGGAGCUGGAGCGCUGCAAACUCAACCUGAAGCGACUGCAACAGGUGUUGGCGGAGGAGAAGUUCAAAGUCUUGUACCUGGAGGCGGCCCUGGCUGGGGAGAAGCUGAACCUACGCGGCGAGCGCCCGGCGGGCGGAGCCGGGGGCAGCGGGGCAGCCUCGGCCCGGGAACCGGAGCCAGCCGGGCCCGAGCGGGCGCAGCCACCGCCACCGCCACCGCGCGAGGAGGAGGGCGCAGCGGACAGCGGCGGAGACCCCCCAGCUCCGGAUCGGGAGGUGGUGGCUAAGGCCGAGCCUCCUCCCUGCGUGUGCCUGGACCUUCCCACCUGUCCCGGGGUGGCUGAGGGAGGGGGCGCGGUGCUCAGCUUGACUGCCGCCAUCCACCAGCAGCUGCUGCAGCCUCGCCUCCUCUUCAGGCCCCGGGAGGACUGUGCGCCCCCCGGCCACGAUGGCAAGGUUUCCAACGCCCAGGGAGACCAGCGGUCCUUGGGGACCCGCGCGGGGCGGGGCUCAGAGGAGGGCGAGCCGGACGCCUCUGGCGCGGACGAUGGGGGCGACAGCAGUGACCACGACUUCGAGAUGGUGGAUCUGAACGAGAAAUUCGUCCUCGGCAACUUGCUUGUGGCCCCCUGCCGAUUUGGGACCCGCGAUGAGGCCGAGAAGCGGGCACGGGCGUGCAGCCCCCACCGCUGGAUGCAUCUAAUCCCCGGGGGCCGGCGGCACCACCGCCAGAGCCGAGAUCUGGAGCAGCUGGAGGCGGAAGCCAAGGACAGUCGAGCGGAGGAUGAGCCCCCCAGGCGCGGGGCCCGCGAGCACCUCACCCAUUGGGGGCGCAAGAGGUUCCUGAGGGUACCAGAGCGGGACUCGCCCUGUCACAGCUCGCCCGAGAGAGGCAGCGACUGCAGCCACAACAGCUCAGACCACGAGGAAGGCUUCUCUGCAGACUUCAGCUACGGAGCCGACGACUACGACGCAGAAGGGCAUGAAGAGCAGAAGGGGCCCCCUGAGGGCUCUGAGACCAUGCCAUACAUCGAUGAGUCGCCCACCAUGUCGCCCCAGCUCAGUGCCCGCAGCCAGGGCAGCGGGGACAGCAUCUCCCCCACCCCACCCGAGGGGCUGGCACCUGGGGUGGAGGCAGGGAAGGGCCUGGAGAUGAGGAAGUUGGUUCUGUCCGGCUUCCUGGCUAGUGAAGAGAUCUACAUCAAUCAGCUGGAAGCCCUGUUGCUGCCCAUGAAACCCCUGAAGGCCACAGCUACCACCUCCCAGCCUGUGCUCACCAUCCAGCAGAUUGAGACCAUCUUCUACAAGAUCCAAGACAUCUAUGAGAUCCACAAGGAGUUCUAUGAUAACCUCUGCCCCAAGGUGCAGCAGUGGGACAGUCAGGUCACCAUGGGCCACCUCUUCCAGAAGCUGGCCAGCCAGCUUGGUGUGUACAAAGCAUUUGUGGAUAACUAUAAAGUUGCACUGGAGACAGCUGAGAAGUGCAGCCAGUCCAACAACCAGUUCCAGAAGAUCUCAGAGGAACUCAAAGUGAAAGGGCCCAAGGACUCCAAGGACAGCCACACAUCUGUCACCAUGGAAGCUCUGCUGUACAAGCCCAUUGACCGGGUCACUCGAAGCACCCUGGUCCUACAUGACCUGCUGAAGCACACACCUGUAGACCACCCAGACUACCCGCUGCUGCAGGAUGCCCUUCGCAUCUCCCAGAACUUCCUGUCCAGCAUCAAUGAAGACAUUGACCCCCGACGGACUGCAGUCACAACCCCCAAGGGGGAGACGCGGCAGCUGGUGAAGGAUGGUUUCCUGGUGGAAAUGUCGGAGAGCUCCCGGAAGCUGCGACAUGUCUUCCUCUUCACAGAUGUCCUUCUGUGUGCCAAGCUGAAGAAGACCUCUGCAGGAAAGCACCAGCAAUAUGACUGUAAGUGGUACAUCCCCCUGGCCGACUUAGUGUUUCCAUCCCCUGAGGAGUCGGAGGCCAGCCCCCAGGUGCACCUCUUCCCAGACCACGAGCUGGAGGACAUGAAAAUGAAGAUCUCUGCUCUCAAGAGUGAAAUCCAGAAGGAGAAAGCCAACAAAGGGCAGAGCCGAGCCAUUGAGCGUCUCAAAAAGAAGAUGUUCGAGAACGAGUUCUUGCUGCUGCUCAAUUCCCCCACAAUCCCCUUUCGGAUCCACAACCGGAAUGGAAAGAGCUACCUGUUUCUACUGUCCUCAGACUAUGAGAGGUCAGAGUGGAGAGAAGCGAUUCAGAAACUACAGAAGAAGGAUCUCCAGGCAUUUGUCCUGAGCUCAGUAGAGCUCCAGGUGCUCACAGGAUCCUGUUUCAAGCUUAGGACUGUACACAAUAUUCCUGUCACCAGCAAUAAAGAUGAUGAUGAGUCUCCGGGACUCUAUGGCUUCCUUCAUGUCAUCGUUCACUCUGCUAAGGGGUUUAAACAAUCAGCCAACUUGUACUGUACUCUGGAGGUGGAUUCCUUUGGCUAUUUUGUCAGCAAAGCCAAAACCAGGGUAUUUCGGGACACAACAGAGCCCAAAUGGGAUGAGGAAUUUGAGAUUGAGCUGGAAGGCUCUCAAUCCCUGAGAAUCCUGUGUUAUGAGAAGUGCUAUGACAAGACCAAGGUCAACAAGGACAACAAUGAGAUCGUGGAUAAGAUCAUGGGCAAAGGGCAGAUCCAGUUGGAUCCACAAACUGUAGAAACCAAGAACUGGCACACGGAUGUGAUCGAGAUGAAUGGGAUCAAAGUGGAGUUCUCCAUGAAAUUCACCAGCCGGGAUAUGAGCCUGAAGAGGACCCCAUCCAAAAAGCAGACCGGUGUCUUUGGGGUGAAGAUCAGCGUGGUCACUAAGCGGGAGCGCUCCAAGGUGCCCUACAUUGUGCGGCAGUGUGUGGAAGAGGUGGAGAAGAGGGGCAUCGAGGAGGUCGGCAUCUACAGGAUAUCAGGGGUGGCCACGGACAUCCAGGCACUGAAGGCUGUCUUUGAUGCCAAUAACAAGGACAUCCUGCUGAUGCUGAGCGACAUGGACAUCAAUGCCAUUGCUGGCACCCUCAAACUCUACUUCCGGGAACUGCCCGAGCCCCUCCUCACAGACCGACUUUACCCAGCCUUCAUGGAGGGCAUCGCCCUAUCAGACCCUGCUGCCAAGGAAAACUGCAUGAUGCACCUGCUCCGCUCCCUGCCAGACCCCAACCUCAUUACCUUCCUCUUCCUGCUGGAACACUUGAAAAGGGUUGCCGAAAAGGAGCCCAUCAACAAGAUGUCACUUCACAACCUGGCUACUGUGUUUGGCCCCACGUUACUGAGACCCUCAGAGGUGGAGAGCAAAGCACAUCUCACGUCGGCUGCAGACAUCUGGUCUCACGACGUCAUGGCACAGGUUCAGGUCCUUCUCUACUACCUGCAGCAUCCCCCCAUCUCCUUCGCAGAACUGAAGCGGAACACACUGUACUUCUCCACUGAUGUGUAGCCUGAGGCAGGGUGGCUGUGGGGGUGGCCAGAGCCAGCCCCUCCAGCCGGGGCCCAAUAGAGACUUGAAAGACUGCAACAGCAACUCCCCAGCCCAGCACUCCAAACUCCAGGGGAAGCUAACUUCCAAGAACUGGAAUAAGUGCAUCUUUUGUGCCACCUGUACAAAGCCAACUGACCAGCCCCCAGCCUCACCGCCACACCCUGGCUCCUGUCCUCUGUACCUCUAGUUGUGUCUAAUGCUCCGUGCUGUUCGGGAAUUGUUUUAUGUAUAUUUGUCAUGCAGAAAAGGUAGUGACUGACCUGGUGUGGGCACACAGACAGCCUACUUUGUCCUUUCAUUUUCCCCAACACUUUCUUUCCUCCUUAGUCUAGUCCAAGAGCUUUUAUUUUGCACUGUGUUACUGCUGCCAGCUUCUCCUCUCUUGGCCCUGCUCCCAGAUUGCAGCCUCCUGGCAGCCUCCCCAGUGUCCUCUACCCACUCCUUCCCAGCCUGCAUGCAUGUGCAGCCUCAGGUUUCGUGCCAUCACCUGGAAAGUCCUGCAGAGGCUUGGGCAGCAGAGGCGGCAGUGGUGGCCCAUCUGAUGCUGCCACACACUGCCCCUGGCCUCUCCCUGCCCUCCAUUUGUGGAAGCACAACCUGCUUUGCCUUGCUGCCUGUGCAAAUAUUGGACAAGGAGCCAGACUCACACUAAUCCUCAGCUUAGCACAGAGCUGGAAAGCUGAUUUCUGGAAUUUUCCAUUUGAGAACUGCCAUUUCUGGGGUUUGUCUAUUCUGUCUCCUAUCUACCAGUGAGGCAUCUUUGACUGUUUCUUCUACUACUGAAAUUUCAGUUCUUUUAUCCUGCUGUUCUAUUUCCUUUGAGUAUAAAGGCCCACAGCAAACAACCUGCUAUUGAGAGCAAGAGGGUCAGGAAAGCAUUUGGGGAGGUGGGGAGCCAGGCUGCUGAGGAACAGGACAGGUGGAGCAGCCAGCAGCGCUGAGCAGCACUGCCAGCGAGUUGUGGGGAAGCCACUCCUGGCAGGAAGGAUGUGAUAGGCUUUCCUGGGGAGGGCCAGCUUCUGCAGCUGAAGCAGGUGUCCAGACAUGAGCAGGCUCCAUCAUGGAGGCUGCUGGGCACCUCACAUACCUCGUGGUACUUUUGCCUUAGAUUUUACACUCUCCACAGCCAAGCACUGCCACGGGGCAGCCCCCACUGCCACGUGAGCUCCAGGGCCUGGGAAAGGAAGGCAUGAUCCAGCAACAGUGUUGCCGCUAACCUGUCCCAGCUUCUAGGUAUAGCCUUGUGGGUGAACUCUGGGGGACUCCAGAAGCUGGAGGAAGAGGAAUCAAUCACCUGCCUCUCUCAGGACUGGCUAUGCUGGGGCCAAGAGUAGGGGAUCAGUGGGUGCCAUUCCCAAUUUUGAUUCCCAUUGCUCCGUACUGGAAAGCAAUGAGAUUUAUUUCCAAAGCACUGUUCCUGUCUGAACAGUGGCUGCCAGCCUGUGGCCAUUAGCUGGGAGGAGAGAUGCUCUCAGCUGUGGAACUCAAGCUCCAGCCCGGCUCUUUGGCUUUUCUGCAUGGAAGAGCUACUCUUAGGCGCUCAGGACUGGGGAGAAUAGCUCCCAUUUUGCAUGUGCUCAGGACUAAGUCUAAAGGAGGUAUUGCUGGCGCCAAAGCUGUAGUGCUUGCUCAGUGAGAGGCAGGGCCCUUGCUGGUCCUGUUUACAUCUGUUGCCUUCGGCAGAACGGUACACUGCACGCUGGAGGAGAGAAAUGCCCAAGAGGAAGGAAAUGCUGACCACCCAGCUGCCUGUUAGCAGCUUAGUAAGGAGCCCUGCUCCCUGGGACAGGAGAUGAAGAAUGCCACUUGAACAUAAAGAUCCCAUUCCUAAAGUCUCUGCUUGGCAUUUGGAUGCUUGUGUAUGGCAUGAAAGAUUCUUGCUUCCAAAGGAUUCAGAGUAACAAAUUAGAGGUCCAACAAGAGCUAGUUACAGCCCCAAAAGGGUGCCUUCUGCCCCUUCAAAACAAGGAACAUCGGCUUCUUAGCAUCAGGUAGCUACUGCCCCACCCCCAGCUUUGCUGAAAGGGCUGAGAAACGCAAAAGCUCAUAAUAUUUAUAAUCCCACCCUCAGUGGUGAAACCUGGACUGAGCUACACCAAGGGAAUACCUGGUGGCUUCUCCUGAGACAGGGACCAUGCAGCCCAGAACACCCUUGUCACUAUGCCCAGCAGGGUGGCCUGUGCCAACAGGACCCCAGAAGACAGGCUACAAGAAUCCCAGGCAUGCCUGUCCUUGUAGGGCAGUGGCUGAGGGCUGCCAGUUUUUGCUGAUGGAGGUAGGAAA